AUGGAACGAAUUGUGGGGGACCUCGGACACCUGAGAUGUAAAGGAGGGGAGUUGAAGAAAAAAGCGCGGGACUACAUCGCCUCCCGUCUGCUGCAGAUAGUGCUGAAACUCGAGCAUUCAGGAAUUGGUCAUCUGCGGCUUAGCUGGGACUCCUUGUUUUUGCGUGAAGACGGUUCUUUUUUCUUGGGUAAUUUUGGGAACGGCGCUCCCUUCGACGAGGUGUUAUCUCCCUUGAGAGGCACUCUGUCGCCGAAUGCAGAACCUCAUACGAUUUACCUAUCUGAGAAGAACAAAAUAGUGGUGCCUGAAGCUAAGGGAAACAUGUGGAGCCUUGGGGUUCUUCUAUAUCAGCUUUACACGGGAAAUGAGCAUCCCUACGGAAAAAUGGAGGGGUCGGACUGGAUGCAGGGAGAAGCGAGCUUAUCGGAGUACCUCUUACGAGCCAAUAUACGUUCUCAAGUUCUGAUUCCGCAGUUGGAAGCUUCAAAAGUCCCAAAGAGGUGGGCACAGCUUAUUGUGCGUCUGCUGGUCUGA